CCCCCCCUUACGGGGAUUGUCUGCCAGCCUGUUUCCCCGGCUGCUGCUGUUGGAGCAGUGGAGCUGCUUGACACUGCGAUUCAACGCCGCGCUGCCUCGCUUCUCCUCUCAGCCUUCUGCUUCACACUCUGCUCUACGGGGUAAUCAUCAGCGAGUCUGCUCAAGCAGCGACAGAGGACAAGAAAGGAGGGAGGCAGAGAGACACAGACUCAUCACCCAAGUGCUGCAUUGUCCUGUCGGUCUUUCCCUCUCCUUUUGUUGGCUACAUAGCAGUGUUGGAGAACAAGAGGACAGAGGGGAGCUCUCCUCUAGGGUUUUCUACGGCUGUUCAUUCCUGGGACAGAGUGCAGGGGAGGAGAGAGGAGGGAGGGACUGAGAACAGGACUUCAUACUCUGCCUUCAGCGGCACAGCUCAGUGUCCCACCUUGCUACAGAGGCACAUAAGUCAAACAUUCAACCUGUCACUGGCAGAGAGGGAGACAGACUGAACGUUCUGUACAUUCAGAGGGACAGACAGACAGCUGGGGUAGGUGUCAUGGCGUCAGUGGACGGUACCGGUUCGAGUGUCUGUGGUCGGCUGAGAUCAGGGGAUCUACUUCAUACUGGUCUGGCAGUUACACUCCUUCUCGGAGUGUGGAGUGUUGGGGGUCUGGAGGUUUCAACAGGUAAAGUGUCUUCAAUAGAAGCAAUGAAUGGCUCCACAGUUCUACUGCCCUGCACUUAUGCUUCUUGUAUUGGCAUCAAAAACCUCUACUUCAACUGGAAAUAUAAUGAUAACGGAACCCACCUGAAGUUAUGUGAAGCAGAGAUUCCUACAGAGGCUGUGGAGCCAAAGGUCCAUGUUUUCCACGAUCGAGUAGAAUUUGUCGGAUCGGCAAAGAAAAACAACAUAUCCAUCUUGCUGUGGAACAUAACUUUUGAGGAUGAAGGAGAGUACAUCUGUUUUGCCAGGAAUCCAAAAGAGAAGAAUCGUAACCACAGUGCUAUCUUCACUCUCAUAGUGGUCGACCAAAUGAAGGAAGUUGACAACACACUGACAGUCAUUAUAGUCUCAGCGCUUGGUGGAGUCAUUGCCUUAGUUAUCAUUGUCAUGGUGAUAAAGGCCUUAGUUGUACACUUCCUGGGAAAAGAUGACGAGAAGAAUAAAGAAUGCCUUGUGAGCUCAUCAGGGAAUGACAACACAGAAAAUGGACUUUCAGGAGCCAAAGCUGACAACAAAGGGACACCAAAGGCUUAAGCAAAAUGCAAAGUAUGUCUGUAUGUUUGUAUAUAUGUUAGAAUAAUGUACAUGCUCAGAGAAAAGCUCUUAUCAGUGGACUGUUUUAGCGGCUAAAUAAUGCAACUUUUAAAUGUAUUUUAAAUCAUGCUUGAAAUAUGGGAAUUGUGAAAUGUGCCUGGGCUGGAUUACUCUCUCACUAAUGGAAGUCCAUUUGUUACACAAUGUGCAGCCAGUUCCAGACAUUCUUUCAAAAUUUGAUUGUGUAAAAAAAAAGUGCAAUAUCUAUACUCCCCUUUAGAAUUGUCUUAUCCAGUUAUCAACCUUCAAAGCAAACAGCAUUGUACCCAUACCAUAGCAUAUUCUAUUUCUAAUUCAAAAAGGCUUAAACGAUAUCCCAUUUCAAUAACUAAAUUACAGCAGUUUUGGUUUUUGGAAUUGAAAAAUCAUUCUAAUGUGUUUCUAUACUAAACUGUCAGACUAUACUAUCAAAAAUAUUUUUUAAAAUCAUAAUAUACACAAAACAGAUGAUAGAUUGAUAUCCAAAUGAAUUGUCACAUUCUACAGCACAAAACGGAUGGGUUUCUAGGAACAGCUUAAUGUGUUUGCCAAAGAAAAAAUAAUUCAAGGGUUAAUUGUAUAGAAAGUUAUCUGAUCCCUAACCUACAGUAAAAAACAGACUAAACUCUGAGGUGAACGCUUGAAUGUCAGUGUGUUCAGCUGAGCUCAUGUUAGACACAAUUGUGGAGAGUUUAGGUCUCUAACACCUUUUGUAAAUUAUGAAAAAGACUGUUGGCAACUGAAGUGUGACUAAUGGGCUUACCAUAGGUCAUAGAGGGAUCCAGAUCUGCACAGUUUUUAUCAUUUUGCUUUAGAUAAACACACGUGCCUGUUCUGCUUCUGCUCCCCCUGCUGGUGGGAGGAUAAAACCACUGAAAACAUAUGAAAAAAAUAGACAUAAAUCCAACAGAAUACCCUCACGAUCAUCAAAGACAAUCCCCAGACUACCGAGCUCCAUUUAGAAAUGAAUGAACUUAAUUAUGCUGCUUCUAACUAAUAACAAAUGCAUUUUUAGCAUGUGCGCAUUUUGUAUAACUUCAUAUGAGUAUAUGUUGCACCACAGUACAACAUUUCUGUCUCAUUUAAUCCUUUGCAGCAGCCUGAAAAGCUGAGAACUCUGCUAAUGCCCCAACCAAGAUUGCAACAACUCUGUAGCCACUGUAGUCACAUGUUUAAAGGAACAUUUUAGAGCAUUGGAUUUCAGGGAUUAGUCAGAGUAAAGUUGAGAAGCAUGCACAGAGUACAUUAAAGACAGCAACAGGAUAUUCUGUAAUUGAUGAAAGCAAUAUAGUGAAUUUGUCCAAACAAACUGAUUCAGUUUUGUCAAAUUUCAAAGCUAAACGUUGACUCCAGUUGGCAGAUUUCAACUAUAAACAAGACAAUAGGAUCGACACAACAAUGCAGAAGUAUAGUGAUUCAUAUCUAUGAUUGUGCCACAGACGAAUGUGUGAUAUAAGCAGUUUCAGAGGUGAGGAUGUAAAAGAAUGUAAAGACUGUCAGGGAAUAUGUGCAGGAAAAAAAAGUCCAAUAAAGUACUUUAUUUUAUUAGAAAUAGUAUAUCUUAUAAAAUAGUUUUCUAAAAUGAAUGUGUGACUGUCCUACAAAUUCUGUUGGUCACAUGCAUUAUUUUAUGUAGUAUUAAAUUACUUGUCUCAAACAAUCCCAUAGCACAGAGUAAGAAAUUGGCCUGGAGUGUCCAACCAAAAAGGCCUUUAUAGGCUCUAAACAUUAUCAAGAUUAUAUGUGCUCAGCAUGUGUUGGGUAUAAAUAAAAAAGUUGGGCACAUUAAUGCAAGACUCCACUUUGGCGAAUUGGCAAAUCAAACAUUUCACACUUCUUUCAAAACUGGAAAAGUUAACACAGUGUGUAUUUCACUGUGACCUAAAUAAGAGAGGUGU